AUGUCUGACAUAAUUGGAUCCAAUGAGAUGGUGUUGUUGUCGAUCACCACAAAUAUGAACUCAUUUGCGACGGAAAGGAGAUAUCCAUCAAAUAUAUUGAUAUCCGAUCUGAAGGCUAAACUCGAGUUAAUUACCGGCGCCUCCAAUGAGACCAUGGAUUUGCAACUAUUGGACACUAACCACGAAUUGGUCACCAAAUUGGAUGACAACGGGAGACGACUCGAGAGUUAUUUGAGUGAUAAUCAAAGUAAAGUGAAUAUUCAUGUGAUGGACACCAAUACAAGAGUCGGUGAAUUCGAGGACUUAAGUGGUGUCGAGAAGUUUGAAUUACCGCAAGAAGACUACCAAAAGAGGUCGGACUCUGUGUUGGCGUUUAAGAUGGCGAACAAAUUGGGACGAUUCGGACAAACAGGACAAACAGCCGGUGCGGGCGACCAGUCGGGCGAUGGUCUGCUCGAGUGUGACAUAAAUGUGGGCCAAAGAUGUGAGGUGUGUGUGAAGGGUGCGGCCAAACGGCGGGCGACCGUCGAGUUUGUCGGCAACACUCACUUCAAGACCGGGAUCUGGAUUGGAGUCAAAUAUGACGAGCCUUUGGGCAAAAACGAUGGUUCAGUGGACGGGCGCCGCUAUUUCCAGUGUCCGCCCAAAUACGGCGGCUUUGUUCGGCCCAUUGACUGCAUUAUCGGUGACUUCCCGGAGAUUGGCUGCGACUCCGACGAUGACGUCCUGUAG